UAGCAGACAGCUGAUGAUCUCAGAGUGUUUUUACAAACAUUUUGUAUGUUUUAAAGUUUUUAUGGUUGUCGUGAAAUCUUCAAACUACUAAGAAGAAUGCCUAGUUUCUCAGCCAAAGAUCACCAGGGUUGGCCUGAAGAUGUUGGGAUUGUUGCUAUGGAGGUGUACUUCCCAUCACAGUACGUGGACCAGACUGAGCUGGAACAGUUUGAUGGUGUCUCCACGGGGAAGUACACAAUUGGACUGGGCCAGUCAAAGAUGGGUUUCUGUACAGACCGCGAGGACAUCAGCACGCUGUGUCUUACGGUUGUGCAGAAACUGAUGGACAAAAACAGCAUUUCGUACUCAGAUAUUGGGAGGUUAGAAGUGGGCACAGAAACAUUGAUAGAUAAAUCAAAAAGUGUGAAGACUAUUUUAAUGCAGCUUUUUGAGAACAGCGGUAACUCGAACGUUGAAGGUAUCGAUACAACGAAUGCCUGUUAUGGUGGUACAUCGGCUCUCUUUAAUGCAAUCAACUGGAUUGAAUCGAGUUCCUGGGAUGGCCGCUAUGCAGUUGUGGUUGCUGGAGAUAUUGCUGUCUACGCUACAGGGAAUGCAAGAUGCACUGGAGGUGCAGGGGCAGUGGCUAUGCUUGUUGGGCCAAAUGCUAGUCUUAUCCUGGAUAGAGGUAUCAGAGGAACUCACAUGCAGCAUGUGUAUGACUUCUACAAACCAGACAUGGCAUCUGAGUACCCUGUGGUGGAUGGGAAGCUGUCGAUCCAGUGUUACCUGCACUCACUCGACAAAUGCUUUCAGAUAUACAGUGCAAAAGCAAGGACAGCUGGUCUAACUGCUGGACCAAGCACUCUGGAUUCAGUAGAUGCAUUUCUUUUUCAUUCACCUUACUGUAAGCUGGUACAGAAAUCUCUUGCUCGACUUAUGCUCAAUGAUUUCCUGAAUGAUCCAAAUCCAGACUUCAGUGGAAAAUAUGCUGGCCUUGAAGGAUUCAAAGAAGUCAAGUUAGAGGGAUCAUAUUUUGACAAGUCUGUGGAGACGGCAUUUGUGAACGCUAGUAAACCGAUAUUUGAGAAGAAAACGAAACCAUCACUUAUGCUUGCCAACCAAGUUGGCAACAUGUACACACCUUCCUUAUAUGGUGGUUUGGCCUCCUUCAUUAGCCAUCACACUGUGGAACAGAUAGCUGGGAAGAGAGCCGUCCUGUUUUCAUACGGUUCUGGCCUGGCCUCGUCUAUGUUUUCUGUUCGUGUGACAGAUGAUUUGUCACCCAGUUCAGGCAUUCACAAACUCGUCACCAGCCUUAGCGACUUGAAAUCCCGCUUGGAUGGCCGAAUGAAAGUUGAUCCUGUCGAUUUUGACAAGACCAUGAAACUGCGAGAGCAGACACAUCACUUAGCUCCAUACAUCCCGGUGGGUCCAGUUGAAACUCUGUUUCCGGGUACUUGGUAUCUUUCCGAGGUGGACAGCAUGCACAGGAGAAAGUAUGAACGAGUGUACCCUGUAGGUGACGAUGCAUCAAUACAAGCUUCUGAUGUUAAAAAGUCUUCAACAUUGGAGGAUUCAUCUGUAGCGUCAUCUGUGACAGUUAAUUAAGUCAACUGUUUUAUCCCAACUUGCUCAGAACCAUGUUCACAAUUAUUUACAUUACAUUCAUUAUUUGGUAAAACCACAUACAGGGUGAUCUAGAAAAGGAUCAAAAUACUGGUAGAGUUGAAGGCCAUUUUCUUUGUGGCUAUUCCUUCUCAUUAAAUAAAAAUAAUCUGGCAAAGUUUAUGCUAAGUUAAGAAACCACUUUACAAUUCUCCUGUCUAAUAUGGUUCUUGGUGGGUGACCUGUAUUAAACAGCCACCUGUCUUAAUUGACUGUCUUACUAGUCUACCAAAUCAUCAGCUACAUGUAUAGUAUCAAGAAAACAUUUUGGUGCUCUUUGAGCAUGUAACUUGCUAUAGGUUUGUAUAUAGCUUCUAGUUGCCCCACCAUGCAUGAAUAACAUUUUUUUUUUUUUUAAAUUCUAAAAUAGUUCUUUAUAUUUUAUAUUUAAUGGUAUAUUUACACACCAUUAAUACUAAGCAAGACAACUGACAGACACUUUUUCAUAUCUAGUUUUACUUAUUAGUCACUUAGUAUGUUAAGUUUGAGGGCACCUUAUUGUGCAGAGUAUUUUAUUCUUGUCUGCACUGAAAGCCAACUACCAAUAUUUAAAUGGUAUAAACAGCUACAGGUUGACAGUUAUUUAGCAUUCGAAAUAAGCACUUGUCCGUUUAUCCUGACAAAUAAAACUCAGCUCUGACAAGUAAAAUGUACUUCAAUGGUUGUCCAGUGGACAAGUGAAAAUGUUCAAUGAGUUUCAUUUUGAGCAAUCAAAAACAUCAUCCUUGUUCUCGACUAUCACAUUCCUUUUAUAUUUGAACAAGUGAAAAUAUUGGCAGACAAGUAGAUUUUUGAAUGUGUUUGUCCGGUGGACUAGUGAAAAAUUCUGCUUAUUUCUACCACAACGAAAAAAUAUAAACAUUUUAAAUCCUUUUAAUAUUUAUAUGCAUACUAUUGGACUUUGGUUUAUGUGCAUUUUAACAUUGGGUCAUUAAAUGCUUGUAACGUACCAUAUUGUUUAAUUUUCAUUAAUAAAGUUAAAUAUGUCAAACUGAAUAAGAAUAAAACAUGUGAGUAGGGUUUUUUUUUUCUUAUUGUUGAUUAUCAUGUAAAUGAGCCCAUUUUUGUAGAGAAGUGUUUUUCAACAAUUUCUGUCCGGUGGCACACUCAAAUGUGGCUUAGCAUUUCGAAGCAUAGUUGAAAUAUAAUAAUGAAAACUUGAAACAUGUAUUUUUAAAAUGUCGCUGCACACAUUUGUCGGCAUCAAAGCAUAAUAAAGUCCACAAAGGGUUGUGGUUGAUGCUGGUCUGGCAUGACUGGCACUUCAAACUACCGACCAGCAUUGUUGCUGCUUACCGUAAUUGCUGUCAUUAACCACUUAUAGUACUGUCAGGUUAUAAAGUCAUGUUUUAAAGAACAAUAAUUUAUUGGCUAUUUCCAUUCCUAAUAAAUUUCUAGGUAGAACCCUAUACACAUCAGUUGAGAAAUGUUACUUUAGGGUAUCAUUGGUGUUUAAUAAUGAUUUAAUCAUCAUAAUAAUAAUAAUAAAAUCUUUAUUUAUAGAACGUAGCUCAGUUAGUUCUAGAUUAUUCUCCCCUGAGGCCUUCUUACUAAUUAUAACAAUAAUAAUAACAAUCAUUAAUUAUUUUUAAAAAGUACAUGUAUGUAUAAUAUAUAUAUUAAAUGUGGUUUACUGCCCAGCCUAUCUGGUUAAAAGUAAAUCUAGCUUUCUUCUUCUUUUUUUUUUGGUGUCUGUCGGUUGGAUUGGAGAAAAGUUUAAUUUGGUUUUACAUGGAGGAUGACCAGAUAAAAAUGUAUUCUUUGUUGGUUUUCAAGACAUAAAUUGAAACAUUGGUGUGUUGUGGCUUAAACAUGAAUUCUAUUGUUUCUGAUUUACAAAUGAUUAUUAAAUUUGUCAGAGACAUACGUUGACAGACAAUUACAAUUGUAUAUAUACGAAAGCAUUCACCUUUGUUAUAAUUAGUUGUUUUAUUUAGCAUUUGUAGUUUACUGUAACAGUUGUGAAAUAUUUAACUUUUUAUUCUGUAUUAAUGUGUGUUGUUAAUUAUGACUGUCGUGAAUAAAUGUGACAUUUCUA